AUGGGGAUUAGAGAGAGACUGACGAGGACAAGCAAAGCUGCCACAGUGGGAUCGCAGGCGAAAUCAGGCGUUGGCGAUACUUCGGCGAGGCCUGGCGAAGCCCAAUCCACAGCGAAACCAGGGGCAUCGCCAAUCAUCAAGGGCGACGCCAAGUGCCGCCGGAGACGCGGGUGGAGGCUAGUUGGUGCUAGGGACGCGUUGGAUGAUGUCAGCGACGCGCUGAGUGACAGGUUUGGUCUUGAAGACGGGUUGGGUGCAGGAGGUGGUGUUGCCCUCGUAGUGGGUGACAUGGGGGACGUCCCAAGCACUAGAGAGAUGGGUAAUGAGAGCAGGAAGUUGGGCUCCGUCGAGCAGGCGUCUGGUGUUGAUAGGGAUCAGCGAGUAGGCGUGCUGAGUAGUGAAUGCAGUAUCCUGGGUUUUGCCAUGGAGGGGGAAUGGAGACACCUUUCGACUAAUUGCCCCAUUUGA